AUGGGUAACUGCAUGAGUUCGAGGGGAGGCGAUGACGAAGGUCAGAAGAAGAAGAGUCAGGCAAUUGAUCGCGGCCUCGAAGAAGACUCGAAGAAGUUACGGCGCGAGUGCAAGAUCUUGCUGCUAGGUUCUGGCGAGAGCGGCAAGUCGACCAUUGUCAAGCAGAUGAAAAUCAUCCAUCAGAAUGGUUACAGCGUUGAUGAGUUGCGCCUGUACCGACAUACCAUCUACAAGAACGUCAUCGACUGCGCCAAAGCACUCAUCGGCGCCAUGCAACAAUUCGACAUAUCGCCAGAAGUGCCGGAAAACGUACAACACUGCGAAUAUAUCAUGCAAUUUACCGUCGACCCCGAUCCGAACGCUCAUCUCGAUGCGAGAUGCGCAACCGCUAUCACCGCAAUCUGGAAAGAUCCCUGUAUACCGAAAGUCCUCGAUCACUCGAGCGAGUUCUACAUGAUGGACUCGGCAUCAUACUUCUUCGACGAAGUCCAUCGAAUAACGCAGGAGGACUACUGCCCGUCCGAGGCAGAUGUGUUAAGAGCAAGAACAAAGACCACAGGUAUCUACGAAACACGAUUCCAGAUGGGUCAACUCAGUAUUCACAUGUUCGAUGUUGGAGGUCAACGAAGUGAGCGCAAGAAGUGGAUCCAUUGUUUUGAGAACGUCACAUCUAUCAUAUUCUGCGUUGCUCUCAGUGAGUACGACCAAGUGCUUCUAGAGGCAAGCGAUCAGAACCGUAUGAUGGAGAGUCUAGUCCUCUUCGACUCGGUCGUCAACUCACGAUGGUUCAUGAGAACAAGUAUCAUCCUGUUCCUCAACAAGGUCGAUCUGUUUAGGCAAAAGCUCGGCAAGUCACCUCUUUCGAAUUACUUUCCGGACUACUCGGGUGGCAACGACGUAAAUCGUGCCGCCAAGUACCUGCUCUGGAGGUUCAAUCAGGUCAACAGAGCACAUCUCAACCUGUAUCCUCACCUCACCCAAGCAACAGAUACGUCAAACAUUCGUCUGGUCUUCGCAGCCGUAAAAGAGACAAUCCUUCAGAACGCUUUGAAGGAUUCGGGUAUUCUGUGA